AUGGCGGUCGCAGACCAGGGCCAAGCCUACUUGCAGCAGCAACAUGGCGCUGGCGACAGACUCUCGACGGCUUCCGAUCCCCCAAACACCCUCGUCGAUGUCAUCCUCCGCGAAACCCAAUACCUCUACUCGCUAGUCCUUCUCAUCACCUUUGUCUCUCUUGCUGCGUGGUACAGCGUCUUCAAUGCGAAGAAGGAAGAGGACAUUGUGCAAUCCAAAUUCAAGGGCCCCGGUGGCAAGCCUUUACCCAUCACCAAGCGGAAGAAGCGCACCAACGGCGAGCGCAAGCUCGGCCCGCACUUUGGAACCGCUGCCAAGAUAGUCUUUCGUUUUUUAGCUGCCAUUGUGUUUCUCACUUACCUAGCCAGUGCGUUGUUGAUGCUCGUCCAUGCCUUUUGGUACGAAGAUCCGUAUAAAUGGUCAAAGGAGGGUUUGCCGUGGGCCGGGCAAUGGAGUGUGGUUCACGUCACUGGUGCUACAUUCUUUCACCUUUACAUUUUCGUGUCCCUGUUCGAUUGGCGCAAGGGUCCAAAUGUCGUCCAUCUCGUCGUCUGGAUAUUGGGCUUCAUCGGGGAGAUCGUAAUUUCAAGCGCCACGUAUAGAGCAGCCAUCGAGUGUCACUUUGAAGUCAUCGAUGUGUCCGACCGCAACGGCGAAGAAGGCCGCAGCUGCACCAUCGGCUACUGGACUCGGCUCGAUCUCAUCCUAUACUUGGUCCGAAUCUUGCACAUUGCCGCCCUGAUCUUGUUCUUCGGAGCCGCAUGGAUCAACAAGGCGUACCGCCAAUCAUCUUCUGACCACCUCAACCUUGAGGCUGGACACGCCGCCGAGUCGACCCCGCUUCUCAAUGGGCACAAUAGGUCGUACGAGACGCAGAAUGGCAAUGGCCACACCGUUGAGGCUAACGGCCGUCGCAAGCGGGGGAGAACCAUGUCGAACGCCAACAAGCCGGUUGGAACUGCCAGUCGAAAAGAUGAGGGUGCCGCCUUCUAUCGUCCAUCCAAGCUUCCUCACAAGACAUGGUGGGAGUAUUUUCGAGGUUAUUCCUUGUUUUUCCCCUAUUUGUGGCCCAAGGACAGCACGAAGCUUCAGCUCAACGUCCUGAUCUGCUUCUGCCUCGUCGUCGUUCAGAGAAUUGUCAACAUGCUGGUGCCCUUCCAGCUCGGUCUCGUGGUGGACCAGCUGGAAAAAGCCAUCCGAGAGGUCAAGGGUGGCCAGCCUGUGUCUUUUGACAACUUCCCGCUCCGCGAGUUCAUUACCCUCGGCGCCCUCUGGAUUCUCCAGGGCCAGUCAGGUCUCCUCGGCUCGCUGAGAUCCAUGAUGUGGAUCCCCGUUUCCCAGCACUCGUAUCGUGGACUGACCACCGCAGCGUUCAACCAUGUGCACUCGCUAAGCUUGGACUUCCACCUCUCGAAACGCACAGGCGAGGUUCUUUCUGCUCUCAACAAGGGAUCAGCUAUCAACCAGUUUUUGGAGCAGGUCACUUUCCAGGUGUUCCCGAUGAUGAUGGAUCUUUUCAUCGCCAUUUCCGUCUUCUACUGGAAAUUCGGUCCUCUCUACGCCGAAAUCAACAUGGUCAUCACUUGUUGGUACCUGUACAUGACCAUCAAAAUGGCAUCGACAAGGGCCGAGCAGCGAAGAGAAAUGACCAACGCAGACCGAGAGGAGGAGGCAGUGAAGAAUGAUUCCAUCUCAAGUUACGAGACCGUCAAAUAUUUCAACGCGGAAGAAUUUGAAUCUGGGCGGUAUCAGGACAAGGUUGGCGUCUUCCAAGCCGCGGAAGCCAAGGUCCAGGUUGGUGUUGUCAUGAUGAACAUUUGCCAGGCCUUCGUUUUCAACCUUGGAAGAAUCAUUGCUGCUUUGGUUUGUGGCUGGCAAGUUGUGGUCGGAAUGCGAGGGACAGGUGACUGGUUCAUGGUCGUCUCCUACCUCACUCAACUACAAGGCCCUCUGAACUUCUUUGGUUCCUUUUAUCGCACUGUCCAGCAAGCCAUGAUUUCGGGGGAGAGAUUGCUCGAGCUGUUCAAAAUUCAGCCCACCGUGGUGGAUGCUCCACACGCCGUCGACCUGACCAAUUUCACUGGACGCAUCAAGUGGAAUAAUGUCAGCUUUGCCUACGACAGACGCAAGCCGGCCCUAAGGAACAUCAGUUUCGAGUGUGUGCCGGGCACGACAACAGCUUUUGUCGGCGAGUCUGGCGGCGGCAAAUCUACCCUCUUCCGACACAUGUUCCGAUACUACGACUGUGACGAGGGCAACAUCGAGCUCGAUGGGCAAGACGUUCGAAAUCUGACAAUCAACUCAGUCCGGCAACACAUUGGAGUUGUGCCCCAAGACACCACUCUUUUCAACGAGACGCUCAUGUACAAUCUCAAAUAUGCCAACCCUGAGGCUAGUGAGGACGAUGUUUACGCGGCGUGUAGAGCUGCAAGCAUCCACGACCGAAUCCUGUCUUUCCCUGACCAGUACAAUACUCAGGUUGGUGAGCGAGGAUUGCGAUUGAGCGGCGGCGAGAAGCAGCGUGUUGCUAUUGCUCGUACAAUUCUCAAGGAUCCUCGAAUUAUCAUGUUGGACGAAGCAACAUCUGCACUGGAUUCUCACACCGAGCAGGAAAUUCAGGACAAUGUUUGGCAGAUUGGUGAGGGGCGAACUCUGCUGAUCAUUGCGCACCGGCUUUCCACUAUCACACAUGCUGAUCAGAUCAUUGUACUCCAUGCUGGCAUGAUCGCAGAGAAGGGCACGCAUGAGGAGUUGUUGGCUAAACGGGGCCGAUACGCUUCCAUGUGGGAGAAGCAGAUUCGUGCAGAACGCGCCCUUGACGCCGCCCGGGAAGCUCAUCUCAAAGCCGCCAGGGCCUUGAGACGAGCUAACAUGGGCGGACAGAAACAGUCGGAGUCUUCGAGAACGAGCUACAACAGCUUGAACUCUACCCUUGUAAACAAGAGCCUCAACUCUAACUCCGGCGGCAAGAGCGAAGAAUGCACCUCGGCGUCGUCGGGAUCAUCGUCCAACUCGGAUGCGGAGUCGACACACACUGAUGAACAUUCAGACGACAAGCGCGACACCUCCGAGGAACGACUGCCUGGGAAGUAA